AUGGCGGAUUACCGCGCCAAAACUCCAAGGCGUUCAGAUCAGUGUGGUUUCUUAGAUCUGAAUAAGAGUCACUCUACUCUAGAAGUUAAAAGAUAUAGUAACUUCAUCCUUGCAAAUGCUCAGGUGGCCAAGGGAUUCCCCAUAGUUUACUGUUCCGAUGGCUUCUGUGAACUUGCUGGAUAUGCACGAACAGAAGUCAUGCAGAAAAGUUGCAGUUGUAAAUUUUUAUUUGGUGCUGAAACAAAUGAACAGACAACACUUGAAAUUGAAAUGUCACUAGAGGAAAAGAGUGAAUUCAAGGGGGAGAUAAUGUUCUACAAGAAGAAUGGUACAUCCUUCUGGUGCCUGCUGGAUAUUGUUCCCAUCAAGAAUGAAAAAGGAGAUGUGGUCCUUUUUUUGGCAUCCUUCAAGGACAUAACAGACACAAAAGUGAAGAUUGCGCAAGAGGAUAAAAAAGAAGAGAAAUACAAAGGCAGGGGAAAAACCGGGUCACAUUUUGAUGCUGCAAGGAGAAGAAGCCGGGCUGUACUUUAUCACAUCUCCGGUCACCUACAAAGAAGAGAAAAGAACAAAUUAAAGCUCAAUAAUAAUGUUUUUGUAGAUAAACCAGCAUUUCCUGAAUAUAAAGUUUCAGAUGCAAAAAAGUCAAAACUCAUCAUUCUACACUUUAGCGCUUUUAAAGCAGCCUGGGACUGGCUUAUAUUAUUAGCAACGUUUUAUGUUGCUGUCACUGUACCUUACAAUGUUUCCUUCGUGGACAAUGAUGAUUUAUCCUCAACCAGAAGCACAACCGUCAGUGAUAUUUCUGUUGAAAUUCUUUUUAUUAUAGAUAUUGUGUUAAACUUCCGAACAACCUAUGUCAGCAAGUCUGGCCAAGUUAUAUUUAAAGCAAGAUCUAUUUGUAUCCACUAUGUUACAACCUGGUUCGUCAUUGACUUAAUUGCUGCUCUUCCAUUUGAUCUUCUUUAUGCUUUUAAUGUCACUGUGGUUUCACUUGUUCAUCUUCUGAAAACCAUCCGAUUAUUACGUCUUUUACGUCUUCUUCAAAAGCUGGACCGAUAUUCUCAGCAUAGUACCAUAGUCCUUACUUUACUUAUGUCAAUGUUUGCUUUGUUGGCACAUUGGAUGGCUUGCAUCUGGUAUGUCAUUGGAAGGAUGGAAAUGGAAGAAAAUAAUCCCCUUACAUGGGAUAUAGGUUGGCUUCAUGAACUAGGAAAGAUGGAAUCUCCAUUUUAUAGCAAUAAUACACAAGGUGGCCCUACAAUCAGAGUACCUAUAUUGCAUCCCUUUAUUUUUACACUCAGCAGCCUAACCAGUGUUGGAUUUGGAAAUGUUUCAGCAAAUACUGAUGCUGAAAAAAUAUUUUCUAUUUGUAUAAUGGCCAUUGGUACCUUGAUGCAUGCUUUGGUUUUUGGUAAUGUCACUGCUAUAAUCCAACGACUGUAUUCAAGGUGGUCUCUCUAUCAUACAAGGACUAAAGAUUUGAAGGAUUUUAUACGGGUACACCACCUUCCACAGCAGUUAAAGCAAAGAAUGCUUGAAUAUUUCCAAACCAAUUGGUCAGUCAAUAAUGGGAUCGAUUCUCAUGAGCUUUUGAAAGAUUUUCCAGAUGAGCUGCGCUCAGAUAUUACCAUGCACUUGAAUAAGGAGAUUCUGCAGUUGUCCCUUUUUGAGAGCGCUAGUCGCGGUUGCCUCAGGUCUUUGUCUCUGCAUAUCAAAACAUCCUUUUGUGCUCCUGGAGAGUACCUUCUACGGCAGGGAGAUGCAUUGCAAGCAAUUUAUUUGGUGUGCUCAGGUUCCAUGGAAGUAUUAAAGGAUGGAAUGGUACUAGCUAUUUUAGGUAAAGGAGAUUUAAUUGGAGCAAAUUUAUCAAUUAAAGAUCAAGUGAUUAAAACAAAUGCAGAUGUAAAAGCAUUGACCUACUGUGACUUGCAGUGUAUUAUCCUCAAAGGCCUUUAUGAAGUCUUGGACUUUUACCCAGAAUAUGCACAUAAAUUUGUAGAUGAUAUACAGCAGGAUCUAACCUACAACCUCCGAGAAGGUCAUGAAAGUGAUAGAAUGGCCAAACUUUCCUGCAAGUCCACUUUAUCACAGACAGAAUCCAGGGGAAAUGGCAGUAUAAAUAAAAGGCUCUCAUCAAUUGUGGAAGAUGAAGAUGAUGACACUGGGGAAGAGGAACCUUCAUCGCCAUCUCCAAUUCGCACUAGAAACACUACAACUAAAUAUAAGAAAUCUAACAAUAAUAGCUCUUUGGGGAUUAAUUUGAAACCAUUCUCAGGAACUGUCCCGUUUAAAUCGCCUAUAAAAUCUUACAAUCCAAAUGCUGCAAACACAAGGCAGGAAAAUGAGUCCCAAUUUAACAGCAGAAAACGAGAGAAGAAUCUGAUGCUUAAUCUGCCAGCUGUAACAAGUCUUGGACCUCCUGAUUUAAGCCCCAGAGUUGUUGAUGGGAUAGAAGAUCUCAAUGGUAAUGAAGAUGGUCAAGCUUUCGAUUUUGGCUUACAUCAAAUGAGACAGGAGGCACGAAAAAGCCAAACCUUAAGAGACUAUUCUGAUUUCAAUCCAGCAAUUCUCUUUAUUACUGCGGAAGAGACCAAGCAACAGAUAACAAGACUGAACCAUGAGGUCAGUACUUUAACUCAUGAAGUUGCCCAGUUGGGGAAGGAUAUGAAAACUGUUAUGAAUAUUCUAGAAAAUUUGUUGGCUGUGCAACGACCAGUAGGAUAUUAUUCAACAUAUGGUACAGUACUAGACUCAGUGGGAACUACAAUAGGGUCCCCAAUAGAACAGUUACAUACGACAAUGUCAUGGGCAGGAAGUCAGCCAUGCAUGCAACGACAACAAACAGAGACGUAUAUGGGAAGCCAAGCACAACUUUGUCAGGGUACUGUUGUGUCUGACCUGUGGAAUAUGGAUCCAGCUUCAGUAGGGAGCAGUCCUCAAAGAAAUGGUUCGAAUGUUCAAAAUGCUUUUGAUGGUGAAUAUUAUUAUACAUCAGGCCUUGGAUAUUCUCCUUCACAUUAUCAAGUGAUUCAGGCUGACCAUUUUCCAUUUUUGAAGAGCACAUCACCCCAUUCAGACUCAACUUUGACUCCUCUUCAGUCUAUUUCUGCAACUCUGUCACCAUCUCUUUGUUCAUCUUCUGAGACCUCAUUACAGCUUGUGCUACCUAGUAGAUCUGAGGAAGGCUUCAGCCAAGGAGCAGUUAGUUCACUUAGCCUUGAAAAUCUGCCAGGUUCUUGGGACAUAGAGGUAACAACUGGAAUUUCUGGGCAAAUUACUGAAGACUUUUCCCAAGAAAUUGUUACAAGUACACUAGAUUUUAAAGAUGAAAAAGCCAUAAAUGUAUAA